AUGUUCACACCUCAGCCAUCAACUAUCUUCUUGACUGGGACCACUGGCUUUCUUGGGAAAGUGGUCCUCGAGGAGCUCAUCCGACGUCGUGAGGACUACCAUCUCCAGAAGAUCAUUGUUCUCCUUCGUCCAUCAAAUACUCUCUGCGCACAAGAUCGGUUCUAUUCCGAAGUCGCUUCUUCACCAUGUUUUAGUAUGCUUCAUUCUCAGUGGCAAGAAAAAGUCGAGGUUGUUCAAGGCGAUUUAACACAAACCAACUGUGGUCUCAGCCCGGAAACCCUGCAGAGGAUAUGUAGAGAAGUCACGCACAUUAUCAACUGUGCGGCUUGCGUGGCCUUUGACCUUCCACUUGCUAAUGCUGCUAUUGCAAAUGUUGGCAGUGCCCUCAAUCUGAUGAGUCUUGCCAGAUCAUGCUUCAACUUACUGGCGAUGGUCACUACUUCAACCUCUUAUGUCGCCCCUUUCACUGAGUCUCCAAUCCCAGCCACCCUGGCACCCCUUCCAUACUCACCGGCAGCUCUGUAUCAAGAUAUAUUGGACGGGAAGAUCGAUGAGGCAACGAUCCUAAAACAAACCCAUUAUCCAAACACCUACACCCUCACCAAAUGUCUGGCUGAGCAUAUCUACCUCUCACAGAAGGAUUUACCUCUGACCAUUGUCCGGCCCAGCAUUAUCUCUUGUGCUUGGAGAUAUCCUUGUCCAGGUUGGAUUGAUAGCAAGGCGGCUGUUGCUGGUUUCGUUGCUUUGAUGGGUAUGGGUUACCUAAGAGUGGUUGAUGGCAAGAACGAAUCCAUCCUGGACGUCGUACCCGUGGAUGUGGUGGCCAAUGACAUCAUCCGUGAAGUACAACUCAUAUCUUUUCAUCAAUCACGGUGGAGUGAUACGAGCAGUGGCGACACCAUUGUUUCACCAAGUUGUUGCUCUAUCGUUCACUCUGUGGCUGGCGUCAAGCGUGGCUUGAAGAUCGAGAUGCUCGCAUCAACGGUAACCCGGUAUUUUGAACGCAUCCACAGAGCCCAAGCCCCAGGUAAAUCCCGAAGACCAUGCUUGAAAUACCUGGGCCAACGAAACAUCAUAUUUUACAUGCACGAUUUCAUGGCUCAACGCCUUCCCCUAUGCCUUACCUCACUUUAUUUCCAUGCCACACGGAAUCCCAAGAUGGCACGAAAGACGCAGUCACUGUCGAGGGUGCUCCAGAAAAUGAACACCCUAUUCCCUUACUAUACCAAUCGAACUUUUGAUUUCGAGCCCAGUGUUUGGUUCCUGGAUGCAAACCCAUUGGCAUAUGGACUAGAAAAAGAGGAUUCGUUCACACCCGAAAAGUACGCCGUUAGAAUCUGCGAGGGUGUGAGAGAGCAUUUAUUGAGAAUAUAA